AAUGGAAAAAACUGCAGUAGAACUUAAGACCACCAGUGAAGAAAUAUUCAGCGCUCAAAGAAAGAUGGAAAGCAACAGUGAGGAAAUAAAACAACACAAGGACAAGUUGUCAUCUGUGAAGAAUCAGAUGAACAAAUGGAUUUUGACACACCCUACAGCAAUGAAAAAGUUGUCAGUAAGCACACUUCAAGAACAUCUGAAAGAAAGUCCUGCAAGCUCACAGAAAAAUAAAACGUCAAAAAAUGUAAAGGACAAGACAGAAAAAAAACAUACACAAGAAGACCCGUCUUUGCAAGGCUUAAUGGCGUUACAAAACAAAAAUCUGAUUGAACAAAUAAAGUUAGCAAAUGACAUAAAUAGUGAUCAAACAAAAUCAUUGACAAAUGCAAGUGAAAGAAAUGAAAUGGAAAAACAGUUAAAUCAACUAAAAGCACAAGAAGAUGGCAUUAAAGUGCAAAUAAAAGACACUAUAAAGAAUGUUAAAGAAAAAAGUCAAGAGAUGAAAAGGAUCAUUACAGAAAUAGAACUGCAGUGUCAGAGACCAGACACUGAAAUUAAAGACAAAGAAAUGGGAACUGUAGUGGGAAAAAGCACUAAACUGAUCAGAGAAACACCACAACAUCUUUUGAUGGAGAGCACAAAUGUGUUCAGACAAAGAACAAUGCAAAUGACAUGCAAUGAAAUGCAAGACGAGGAAACUAGUGCUAAUAUAGAAAAACUAUCUGACUGGAUGAGCCUGAACACUGAGAAGCAAAAGCAAAGCAAAAACACAAUAGAUCCAGAGGCACUUACCAGGGAGACAGAUGCAUGUAUCGAUGUUAAAGAGCCUAGAAGCACUGAAUUAAUAAGAUUCAAGGCAGAAAUUAUUAAAAUACAAGAAAUCAUUAAAAUGAUUAAACUGGAAUUCGGGUACCAAGAGGAAAAAUACAGCAUUCACAAAGAUCAGAACAAUGCAGAUGGUGAAACUGCAGGACUAUUGCAAAACAUGAAAGAAUUUCAAGAGCUUUUAAAAACAUUCAAAACUGCAAUGAUGCAUAACAAAAUUCAUUUAAAAGAAAAUUCAAGCACUUGGAAAAUUGCAAUGAACAAAAGAAGGAGAGAACUAGAUUACAGAUUAGACAAAACGUUAAGAGAAAGAGAUGAAUUAGAAAUCCUAAAAGUAAAACUGCAACAACAGUUAGAAGAUAUGCAGCAGAAGCUAAAAAACGUAUCCAAGUGCAGAGGUAACUUGGAAAAAAUAGCUGUGAAAGCCAAAGACAAACAGGAAAAAACAGAGAACAAUAUUGGGGACACUGAAGUAAAGCUACAACUGAUAAAAGACCUAAAGAAGAAGAUUGAUGCUUCAAAACAACAUCUGGAAAACAUCCAUCUUUUAAGAUCACAUGCUAAGGCUAAGUUUGAAAUUUUCAAAAAUGACAUUAGGCAGAAAAAGAAAAAACACUCUGCAUCUGAAGGGGCCAAGACAAAUGUAAAAAAAUAUGACAAAAUUAAAACUAAAACAGAAAAAGAAAAAUCAAAGAAAAAGAAAAUAAAAUUUGAAAUAACAGAAAAUGAAAUCUUAACAAUCAUACCAUAUGAGGAUAAACUAAAAAACAUUAAAAAACUGUCAAUGGAAGAUUUUGAAAAGACAAAGAGUGAUGAGCAAGAAAAACUGGCAAGAAGUGGAAAUAUGAAAGAAAAGACAAAAAGAAAAGUGACUGAAGUACCGACACUAGACACUGAAGCAGCGGGUGAGGAUGUGAGGGAAUCCAACCAAAGAACCAUAAAAGACGAAGAUCAAACAAACCAAUUAAGAGAGACAAUUGAAAGACAACAACAGGAGCUUACUGGCACUCUGCAGCUCACUAAAAACCAAAUACAUGAACUGGAGUUGCUAAAGUCAGAGGUGCAAGUUAGGAAAAAAGAAAGUGAACACAUUUUAAGAAAAAUAAAAAGGGAAAAGACAGAAAACGAAAAAAUGCUGACUGAAAUAAAACAGGCAACAAAAUCCCUGAAAAGAGAGGCAAAAAAGAAGGGAAGAGACUUGGAUAUAAAACUAGAGACAAUCAGAAAAGAGAAAGAUGAAUUGGAAAUGUUGAUACUGAAACAGAAACAACUCAACGAGAAGCAAGUUGAAGAUAUCAUCGACGAGGAAACACUUGAACGCAUUUACACUGAUAUGAACAAAAAUCUUCAAUUAGGAAAAGGAGCUGAGAAAGAACACAAAGACAGAGGCGAAGAAGUGCACAUAGGUUUAGAUGAAAAAGAGUCUCUUACUAAAUUUAUGAAUGCAAGACUGAAAAUGAUGGUGAACGUAGAAAGAGUCAGGAAAGAAUUUGUGCAAAUAAUGGAAAAAGAGAGGACAAUUUUAAAGAAACACAAAGAAGAACUUGAAAUAUUAAUAGCUGAAAACAAGAAAAUUAAAAAAGGAAUGAGUUCAAUGAAAAUGAUACUUAAAAGAGACAUUAACAAAAUGUUAAAACAAGGAGAACAAAACAUGAAAAAAACUAUUCAAGGUGAAGAAAUACUAAAAAAAGGAAAGCAUGAAUAUGUGGUCAGUCAACAGGAAGUGGAAGAAAGAACUGAAGGUAAAAAAGAUGAACAAGAAACAAAUGUAGAAACAUCAGAGGAUUUAUUUCCGAUUGAAAGGAAAUCAAUAAGACAUGUAAAAGAUCAAAAAUUAAGAUUUGAAAAGAUGACAAAAAACAUAAACAAGAACAGAAACAAGUUACAACAUCAAGAAGAAAAAUCUGAAAAACUGGACACUGAACUACAGCAAAAGCUUGUUGCCUUAGACAACCAGAAUGAA